GGCAGAGCGCUGGAUCCACAGCACACACCGUGCAGCAGCGUCCUCUGGGCUCGGGACGCGGAGUGAGCAGAGGCUCGCCACCACACUGCACGAACAAACAUGGCUUCAUCUGUGAGCGGCACAGAGGAGGUGCGGGUGACGGCGUUGACGCCCCUGAAGUUGGUGGGACUUGUGUGCGUCUUUCUCGCGCUCUGCCUGGAUGUCGGGGCCAUGUUGAGCCCGGCGUGGGUCACUGCAGAUGACCAGUACUACCUGUCCCUGUGGAAAUCCUGCUGGAAGCCCGUCAGCUCCGAGGAUUGGUCCUGCAACAGCACGCUGGCCACGGACUGGCAGAUCGCCACACUGGCUCUGCUGCUGGGGGGGGCAGCCCUCACCCUGCUCGCCUUGCUCGUGGCGCUGCUCUCCCUGUGCUCUGGCUCCAGGAGUCGCUGCUACAAGCCUGUGGCCGUCAUGCUUUUCGCUGCAGUGGUGCUCCAAGUGUGCAGCUUGGUCCUCUUCCCCAUCAAGUUCAUAGAGACAGUCAGUCUGAGGAUCUAUCAUGAAUUUAACUGGGGAUACGGCCUGGCAUGGGGAUCCACCAUCUUCUCUUUCGGAGGUGCCCUCCUUUACUGCCUCAACCCCAAAAACUAUGAAGACUACUACUAAAAAUAUGUAAGACAAGAGGAGAAACCCAGGACUUCACCCAGCUAGUGUCCACAAUAGUAAUAGGAACUUUGUCUGUUACACAUUGCACAAACACAGACUAGAAAUAGGGUAAAACAAAAAAACAAAUGUUUAUUGAUAUUUUCAGGACUGGAAAAGAGCUCUUGUAUUUGAUACUGUGAACUUGUUGUUUCAAAUGCUAUCCUCACUCAUUGGACUGAAGCCCAGAGGUUUUGUAGAGAUUUGGCGGCAAAUCCGGAGAUAAAACAGAAACUGGGCAGUUUCAUUUGGGAGAGAAUGUUGGAUAAUUCUGCGUCCCCUUUAAGUGUAACUCCAGUAGGUCUUAGAUCCUGGACAGAAGGUCUGUUGCGAACAGAUGGAUUCGCUGGCCCCAUACUCGGAGGAACUGAUGGGACUAAUUAGCCAAUCAGAGAAGAGAAGGAAAUGUAGAGAGGAAGAUGUCCUUUUGAAGCGAUAUCCUGAGGAUGACAAAGUGAGGAAGAGGGGGCACACCUAAAGAAUGCAACAUGCCAUAUUUCCCCAGAGAUACACAACAACUGGAACCUGGCCAAGAUUUCCUCUGCUGCUUGGAGAAAGCACAUCAUGGAGCUCCUGGACUGAUUAUAUUUUGUUUUUGACCUGCUUGUUUCUAUUAUAAAUAGGUCAGAGAGACUGACAAUAAAUAAACAGAAGCUACGUAAGACAGUUAAAACAUUCCAGAGGCACCUUCCAAAUGGGUGAAAGUAAGAUUUCCCGGUUAAUGAUUUGCUUAUGAGUCUCUCACACAUAACAAUGCUCAAACCUUCAGGCACUGAUGUAGAAGCUGUGGUCAAAAAGUUCUGAAAACAAAUUUAUAAAUUCAAAAGCAUUCCCUGAAUUUAAUUUGGCCAUUCACAAAGUUGCAUUCUCUGACACGUCCAGACGGCUUCCAGCGUGGCUAUUUUUAGAUUGCGUCCAGGAAGUCCAGUUGUGACCUCCUGAACUGUGCACUCUGUGAUUUCACCAGACUGCAAACUUGUGAUAAGAGCAAACCUCAACUGCUGUUUCAAUGUGAACCUUUUGUAGGGAGGACCAACGCUGGUUGUAAGAGCAGGAUCUCCAGCUACAGCUGAGCAGUCGAGCCCACGGUUCCCAAACCUGAAGGGAGAGUGUCGGCUGUUUCGGUUGUACCAAAAAAAUUUCUGCACACCGCCUAGAACGCUUGCCAGAUUUGCAUCCGUGCAACUUUGACCACUUCCUGAAAAUAAAAAUGAAAUUCAAGGAUCACUGUUUUGACACACUGUAGUAGAUCCAGCACCAAUCUCAGAGGCGCACAAGAUCUAAAAAAAAAUAGCAGUCAAGCUGAAAAUAGUCCAGAGGUGUAUGAGAAUGUCACCUUGAACACGAGAUCAGCCAAGCCUUUGACUUUUAUAGACCUGCUGUCAGAACUUUUUUGAUCACACUUCAGCUGUCAAAAUACCCAGUUAUACCUGCUUUUUGAGGAAAUUGUAUAUCUAAGUUAUGCAGUUUACAUAAUAAUUAUAUUCAUUUUAAGCACAGCAGUUGGGAGAUGGCAAAUGACCAUGUCUACUGAGCGUGCGAGCAUGUCUGCAUGAUCAUACCACCCAGCAUGUGCUCACAGACCUACCCAUGUGAUGCCUCCUUAUCUUCCCACUCAGUAGGAAAUGUGAAUGCUCUCAAUAGGCACCAUUAAAAAUACAUCUGCUUUUCCAUAGUGAGGCUAUAGCAGGAACAUUUUCUGUAGUUGAAAAAAGGCAGUACUUAGUUUUUGCCUCAGUUAAGGUCCAUAAUAUUAGUACUUAAGGGAAUACCAGAAUGCAAUGUGCUGUGUAUUAGUGCGAUACGGACCAUGAGCUAGACGUGCUGUGGUAAUAGCCAUCUUCUUAAAUCUCAUUUAUGGUGGUCAUGAACUUCUGUGACUCCUGCCUGCAACAUUAAAGUGAGUGAGUGUGUGCAUGCGUUUACAGUUCCCACUGGUUUGAUUAACACAAUAA